CCUUCAAUUUCCAACAUCCCAAACUCCCCGGGUUUUGUUUUCAACCAAUUAUCCCAAAACUCUCUCUCCUAAACCCCCCACCCUAACCACUGGCUAACCCUCAAGAAGCUCUGGAGGAUUCCAGCAACAAGAGCGUGGUGCUCCAGCUCUACCAUGCCCUAAGCUCCCGUGACGUCGACACCGUCCACAAGCUCCUAGCCCCUGACCUCGAGUGGUGGUUCCAUGGCCCUCCCUCUCACCAAUAUAUGAUGCGAUUGCUCACUGGAACCGACAACAACGAAGACACCAACUAUUUCAACUUUGUUCCUCAUUCCGUUGACGCCUUUGGAUCCACAGUCAUCGCUGAAGGCUGCGAUCAGGACCGUCAGAUUUUCUGGAUCCACGCCUGGACUGUUAACUCAUCUGGUAUAAUUACACAGGUAAGAGAGUAUUUCAACACGUCACUUACUGUCACCCGUUUUGCUAGUAACGGGUCGAAACCCGUGUCCAUUACCUCGCUCCAUUGCCCCUCUGUUUGGGAGAGUAGUCUCUCGGGUCGGGGCGGGAAGUCGGUUCCGGGUUUGGUGCUUGCUAUAUAGUACCGGGUCGGAUAUUCGGAUCCCCUUUGGCUGCUACUUGAUAUUGUUGUUUGUUUGUUAUCGUGUGGCUUAAAUUAAUAAAGAAUAAGUCAAAGUUGGACCAGCGGAUAUCCUAAUGGGUUGAAGUAACUACCGUGGUAACCUGCGUCGGCGAGGAUGUAGAGAUCAACGGCUGAGAUUUGUGGGGACUGUUUGGUUACAGCUUUUCAUUUGGGUUUGUUUGGUUGUUUGUUUUCUGUUUGGUUUUUUGUUUGUUUGUGUGGUUUGUGGUUUGUAAUUCUGAUCAAGGAUAUGGGGGUACUCUCCGUUUCUUGGUUGUUUUCAGUUGUUUUAAUGAAAAUGCUUUAUAUUGAUAUUA